AGGUGGGAGAAAUAUGCGUUCUUAUCUUCGAACAUGUGACUGAAAUAGGCCGUGAAUAACCGCACAGUUGACAACCAUGGUGAUGUAUUUUCUAUGCAUAGCCGUAGUGCUAAAUGCUGUAAAUCAUGUGCACGGAUUCGUUCUAACUGAUGACGUCAUUCUACGUCAACACGUUGCCAAGCUCCCCCAGUACGCUCAGUAUGGGCGUUCUAUGGUGCUUGUGGGCGGACACUUGUGGGACAAUAACACAGAAAUAUAUGACACAAUUAUUCGUAUGGCCGGUGGUAAGGGGGUGGCCAGAGUUGGAAUCAUCAACGCAGCGAGCGCGGACCCCCUGGACGGGUAUCAGUACUACCGGAACCUCUUUCUCAAACACGGGGCGCUCGAGACUGCCCGUAUCCCCAUCGACCUGAACCAUACGGCUGACAACGCCCCGCAGGCCACCAUUGAUUUAAUAUACGCCCAGACUGGCUUCUUUUUCGGAGGUGGUGACCAAGAGAGGGUCGUCAAGUCGUUGCUAGGCCAGUACGGGGAAUACACGCCCGCUCUCCUUGCGCUGCACCAGAUGAAUGACGCUGGCGCCGUGAUCGCUGGAACCAGCGCCGGGUGCUCCUGUCAGACAGCUAACUACAUGGUAGAAGGUGGGGUGAGCUGGGAUGCUCUCACGUAUGGGGCGUUCCCGGACGUGGAGCCGACCAUUGCGCACGCGUACCCGCUCGUUUACCUUUCUUCCGGGGGAAUAGGAUUUAUGAAAGGAUACGUCCUAGACUCUCACUUCUCGCAGCGGGGCCGGGAGGGCCGGAUGAUACGGUUGCUGUCAGACACAAUGGCGCAUGGAAAGGGCACGGCCCGUGGGAUAGGCGUUGACGAGAAUACCGCGCUCGUGGUCAAGCAUGCGGACACUAACAUGGUGUCUGGCACGGUUAUAGGAGCUUCCGGUGUGACCGUAUUUGAUUUGUCCAAUUCUCGGGUCCACAUCUCGCGAUACUUCAACAUAUCUGACGUUUACCUGACCUAUCUAACUCAUGGCGACGCCAUUAGACUGUCUGACCAUCAAGUGACAUUCUCCUCAUCCAAAACGCCAAUGAAAAACCAUGAAAACUACGACGACGUGUUAACGACGGAUGACGUGUUUUACGGAACAAAAUCAGACAGCGAACGCAAGUCAGAGUUUGUUAGAAUCGCUACCAGCGUUUUUGACGCCAGGAACGGCAUAACUACACACGGAACUACACAGGAGGGUAGCCCACGAUUUCGCAUCGACAUGUCGGCCGAGGGGCACGACGCCAUUGGCUACGUUGAGAGACGUCAUUCUUUUCACUCUGAUAUAACUUCGUACAAAAACCUUCGGGUCGCCAUUUAUGCGGACUGAAACUAAAUAUUUACCUUAUAUGAAAGUCGUUGAAAGAAUGUAUGCUAUCCGUGUAUCAUCCUUAUUUAUUCAAACAAUAAAUGGUAUUUAAACA